CACGGAAGCAGCAUGGCGUCCAACAGCAGCGGCGGCAGCUCCGAUAGGCAACGGAUUGCACAGCAAAGACUGAGGAUAAUUACCGGGCAUUUACAGAGACCGGUGGACGAUGACUCGGGCUUCAUAGCCUCGGAGUGCAAAGCUGAGGGGAGCAAGCCAGAUGCCUCCAGUGAGACGAAGACGGUGCCGAGGAGGAGGCAGGAGAUUAUGAAAUGGAACGGUUGGGGAUACAGCGAUUCAAGAUUCCUCUUCAAUAAGAAAGGUCAAGCAGAAUUUACUGGCAAAAGGUAUAGACUAAGUGGUAUGAUCAUCCCUGGUCUCAAAGAUUGGUUUGAAGGCACAUUUGGGGCCAGUCUGCAGCAUAAAACUCCAGCAACACCCAUUCUGAAUAUCAGCGCUGUGCAGCCUCCCACUCUUAACAACGCCUUCGUUGAGGAACUGAAAUCCACAGGUAUCCCCUUCAGUCAUGAUGCAGAGGACCGAGUGUUUCGCGCCCACGGUCAUUGCUUACAUGAGAUCUUUGCCCUCCGAGAAGGGAAACUUGGUCGUGUUCCAGAUAUGGUGGUAUGGCCAAACUGCCACAAUGAUGUAGUGAAAAUCGUGGAACUGGCAUGCAAACAUAAUGUUUGUUUGAUACCAUAUGGAGGAGGUACUAGUGUCUCCAGCGCUCUAGAGUGCCCCCCACAGGAAACUCGGUCCAUUGUCUCUCUGGAUACCUCACAGAUGAACCGCAUUCUGUGGAUUGACGAGAAAAAUUUAACUGCUCACGUGGAAGCUGGCAUCGUCGGUCAGGAUCUGGAGAGAUUGCUUAAUGAGAGUGGCUACUGUACAGGCCACGAGCCUGACUCCAUGGAGUUCAGCUCCCUGGGGGGCUGGGUAGCAACCAGAGCAUCAGGCAUGAAGAAGAACAUCUAUGGCAACAUUGAGGACCUGGUUGUCCACAUAAAGAUGGUGACCCCUCGAGGUGUCAUUGAAAAGAGUUGUCAGGGCCCACGCAUGUCCACGGGGCCAGACAUUCACCACUUCAUCAUGGGCUCAGAAGGAACCCUGGGUGUGGUUACUGAGGUAACGAUGAAGAUUCGUCCCAUGCCAGAGUAUCAGAAAUAUGGCUCUGUUGUUUUCCCAAAUUUUGAGCAGGGGGUUGCCUGUCUUCGAGAGGUUGCCAGACAGAGAUGUGCUCCAGCAUCUAUACGACUCAUGGAUAAUGAACAAUUUAAAUUUGGUCAUGCCCUGAAGCCUCAAGUGUCUUCAAUUUUCACAUCCUUUUUGGAUGGGUUGAAGAAAUUUUACAUCACCAAGUUCAAAGGGUUCGACCCCAACCACUUGUGUGUGGCCACCCUGCUGUUUGAAGGAGACCGUGAGAAGGUCCUGCAGCAUGAGAAGCAAGUUUAUGACAUUGCUGCAAAAUUUGGAGGCCUGGCAGCCGGAGAGGACAAUGGGCAAAGGGGCUACAUGUUGACCUUCGUCAUCGCUUACCUCCGGGACUUGGGCAUGGACUACUAUGUGAUCGGAGAGUCCUUUGAAACCUCUGUGCCUUGGGACAGGGUGUUGGACAUUUGCCGGAACGUAAAGGCGCGCAUUGUUCGAGAGUGUAAAGAGAAGGGAGUGCAGUUUCCACCGCUAUCCACAUGCAGGGUGACUCAGACCUAUGAUGCUGGUGCCUGUGUCUACUUUUACUUUGCCUUCAACUACAGGGGACUCAGUGAUCCAGUACACGUGUAUGAACAAGUGGAGCAUGCAGCUAGAGAAGAAAUCCUUGCUAAUGGAGGAAGCUUGUCACAUCACCAUGGAGUGGGGAAACUUCGCAAGGAGUGGAUGAGAGAGACCAUCUCCAAUGUCGGCAUAGGCAUGCUCAAAUCUGUCAAAGACUACGUGGACCCUAGUAACAUCUUCGGCAACAGGAACCUCCUCUAAUUUUGUGCCCCUGUCCAACUUAAUCUCACCUUUUUCUAAAAGCAUCUUGUGCAUCUUGGAUUAAUAGAUACUAAAUGUGAAUUUAAAAUGGACAGAGAUCUUGACUUCUUCAUCAGAAGUGUCAUUCGGUGCCAUUUACUGAUUCACCCAAACCUUUUUCUUUUACAUUAUAUUGCACUUGUAACAAUCAUUGUUAUUCAUGUUGAAGCUCAUUUUUUCUCGUGUCGUGGCCUCAGCUUGUCAGAGCGACACCUCGAUGCAUCCUGACAUGAUGCAACAAAACCUUGAUUUUUGUCACAUUUGCUUUUGUUUAACCUUUUUCCUACAUAUCCUUGCCAACAUAGUUAACCCUUAAAUUUUUUAUUUACCUCUAAUAUAUAUGUGUGUGUGUGUGUGUACGUGUGUGUACGUGUGUGUACGUGUGCGUGUGGCACUUCUUUAGUGGUAAGUUCUAGAUGAAUGCGCUUUCUAAAGCUCUGUGCCUUUCUAAAGCUUUUGUCUGCCUUCCCCUUCUCCUGCUGCACACUCUGCUGGUGUACAGUGAGUCCCCUUGUGAAGCAAACCAGAUUUGGACAUGAUGUUUUCGGUGUCUCCUGUUUGUCUUUUUCAUGCCCUCAUGCCUUUUGUUGUACUGACCUAUUGCCAUAAGAGACUCUCUCGCCUGUAUUUGUGCAUGUACCUCUGCUGACAAACUUGUUUGACUAAACACCCUACACCUUCAAAAUUUAAUAACCCUUAGAGGUACAAUAUGAUUACAAAGAGAUAUUCCUUGUGUGUUUAGUUUUUGUACUGAAAUUGUUUUCCUUGCGUAGUUUGUUACUGAAAAAGUGAUGUUGGAAAAAAAGCCAUCGCACAUUUCGAUCAUGCCUGCUUCAGUGUGACUGCGUUUGCAAUUUAAGGCCUCUGGAUCCCGGUGCUCGCGUUGUACCAAAGACUCAACUCAUAAGCCCAUGCAAAUACAAACAUCUGUUUGACUAUGUCUAACUGCCACACACAUUUAGUAACAUCAUGCACAGCUAGUUUUUUAAUCUCCAUAUGCAAAGAUAACCCCUCUGAAGGCUGUAAAACGUAGAUAUUUGUGACAGUUACAUGUGCUAAAACUUUCUAUUUAACUCAGUUACAUCAUGUUUUUUUAUGUUACAGACACUGUACUGAAUUAUGUCAGCUCCAGUGUGUUGCCCAGAAAUUCCUCAGCUCCUGAGAUAGUUGACUUUUGUAAGUGUAUCUGUAUUGUGUAAAACGUUUUUGGAAUGGAUACUGUAAUGUACCGCAGUUUGAUACCAGACUUAUACGAUUUAGCAGCUCAUUUUGAAGCCAAGUCUAUCUUUAAGAGAGCUGUGUUCUAAGAAGCCCUGCCUUUUUUCCCUUUCUGAUCUAUGCUUCACAUUUUCCUGGAUCAGCAUGGCCUUUUGACUCUUAAUCUUCCCCAAAAUAAAAAGAAUUGUUUGGGACCCACUAUGUGACAUUUAACCCCCGUGUCAAAAACAUGCGAGAGCUUUUGAACUUUAUGGAUGUACCUUUUUUGUUAUUUCCAGUUCUCCUAACAAUGUAGUAACAUCCAAGUACAUUUUGUCAACGCUGUUUGUGCAAUAAAUUGAACUAAAACAU